CGUACAGAGCGCGUUAUAGAGAGAGAGAGAGAGAGAGAGAGAGAGAGAGAGAGAGAGAGCCCUGUGCUGGGCUUACAUCUGCUGCUCCUGCGUGCUGUGAACAGGGAAGGAUAUGCAGAAGGAGUCAGAAAUCUUCCGAUUCUCCACCAGAGCUCUGCCGCACACACUCACACUGAGAGCCAGCACACACACUCCUGGAUGCUGCUGCACGAUCAUAAAGCCCCGACACAGAAGUUUAGACUCGCACUAAGCACGACUGAAGGCGCGUGCAGCCCUGCCUCAGCUCAGGACACUGUAUUAUUAUCAGACUGAGUCUCGGACUGCUGAAGCGAUGGUCCAGAGAUCCAGCAGCAGCAGCAGCGCGCUGUUUGACGGGGACUCCUCCGACUCCGGCGCGCUGGAUCUGGACACACAUGCUGCCUCCCCGAGUCCCGGCUCCACGGCGUCCGGCGGGGACAAGCUCGACCCCGGCUGGUGCAAAACCCCCAGCGGCCACAUCAAGAGACCGAUGAACGCCUUCAUGGUGUGGUCGCAGAUCGAGCGGCGCAAGAUCAUGGAGCAGUCGCCAGACAUGCACAACGCGGAGAUCUCCAAGCGGCUGGGCAAGCGCUGGAAGCUGCUGAAAGACGGAGACAAGAUCCCGUUCAUCCGGGAGGCGGAGCGGCUCAGGCUCAAGCACAUGGCGGACUACCCGGACUACAAGUACCGUCCGAGGAAGAAGGUCAAGUCGAGCGGCUCCAAGCCGAGCGAGAAGCUGAGCAUCUCCAAGCCGUCCUCCAAGAAGAGAUCUGCGGGGAAACCGCACAAGAAGGACCCGGGACCCGCCGAUCACCACUCGCUGUAUAAAGCCAAGGCGGCGGAGAAGAAGCAGAGCCCGGAGCAGAAGAAGCUGCUGUACAUCUUCAGCGGCAGCAGCCCGUCUCCCGCCGCGGUGCCCGCCAGCCCGACGCUCAGCAGCUCCGCCGACUCCAGCGACCCGCUCAGCCUGUACGAGGACGCGUCGGGCAGCGGCAAGGAGGACGCGGACCCCGCCGGCGGAGCGUCCCGGUACACCGGCAGCACGCGCGCGCCCUCCCCCGCCCCGUCCGCCGCGCACUCGUCCUCUUCAUCGCAGUUCUCCUCUUCCUCCGAUGAGGAGCCGGACGACGACGCGCUGGACGCGAACACGAGCCCGAGCUUCGACAGCAUGUCCCUGGGCAGCAUCGGCUCGUCGGUGCUCGACCGAGACUUCGACAUGCACUUCGACUCCGGCGCUUCGCACUUCGAGUUCCCCGAUUACUGCACGCCCGAGGUGAGCCAGCUGAUCUCCGGGGACUGGCUGGAGUCCACCAUCUCCAACCUGGUGUUCACGGCGCACGUUUUGAACUAGAGAGAGCGGAGGAAUAAACGCGUCCGAGGAGGAGCACUGAGGGAUAGCAGACACCAGUAUGUUUGUAAAAUACGCCGCCCGGUGAGGGAGGGGUCCCGCCGGAGGGUCGCUGCGGUGACCGGGCGGAGGAGCGCGGCGGCGGGCUGGAGGCGAUCAUUUCCCGGUGCUCGACCACCGGAGACGAUCACGAGGAGGUACCGGGAAGAGAAACGCGCUCUGAACUGGAAAACUGUGAUUGAUUUUUGCACGUACGUGAAGGCGGGCUCCGGUCCUCCGUUUUUAAUCAGUUUUACUCCUAAAGAGACUUUGAGAACUCUCCGGUUCUGAGCUCCGGACUCUGUGUUGGUGUCCGGCAUAUACUGGGGGAUUAUUAUGGAUGAGGUGGGUCUGCUAAAGCGAUGAACCCGCUUUGUUUUUUACACACUGAAAGGGAAACGCACGCAUGUCUUCUGUGUCCUCUUGUCCUCUUUCUGUCCAACAGUUAAAGCAGCGUUAGGGUUAUUUAAUGAUAGAUGGCGCUAUGUUUGAUUUCCUACUGCAGGAAGAACUCAAUCACCAGCUGUUCCCAUUCUUAACUUCAGGACUCAAACACACACUCAACUUUAUAUGCUCUCUACAAUUCAGGGCCAGAACUCUUCAGUUUGGAGGCUGUUGAGGUGCUGUUAGUUUGUAUCGCGGCUCUUUGCUUGUCUGUGUUCUCAGAUGCCAUGUUUUGAUAUGGAUGUGUUUAUAUACUGGCCAAACGGUUCGUCUUCUGUUGACUCGCAUCUGUCCGUCUCCUUCUCCGAUGAAGGGCUAGAGUUUUACCUUGUUUUUUAUAUUUAAAUGUAGACUUUUGACACUUAAAGAGAGGAAACCUUUGAUUAUUUUCUAAGUGUAUUUUUGUACAAAUAUAUAUAAAUAUGGGGGGUGUCGAUCUGUGUUUUGGGUUUCCUGAUUUGAAGAUCCAGGUGUGUCGAUGAUCAGACCUCCUGUUUCAUGUUUACAGUCUCGAUCUGCAGGCGUCUUAAAGACACACGCACACACACACGCACACACACACACAGCUCAAGCCACAUGUGCUUCGUUUUUACAUUCUCUCUCUCUGAGCGUGCCGAAUUAAACCGAUUGUAGCUUUAAUCGAGCGAUUUUUCUGGGUGUUUUGUAUCUUGAGGAGCCACUGGACGGAGGAGCGUAACUCAUGUUCAAAUGGGCGGUCAUGAAGCGCGUUCUGCUCAUUGUAUUUGAAUAUUUAAUCUUUUCUACCUGUCGGAUUAGUAUAGCUCGUUGUUUUAGUAUCUGAAGGCAUGGUGAAUAGAUUUGUAUUUCUGAUUCAGGUUUAUAUAUCUGUUGUGUUAAGAAAACAAUGACUCUGUGUACAGCUGUGUCAUACGCGGACGGAUACAGUGUGUGUUUGUGUAUGUUGUGGCGCUUUAUAUCCACAUGCACUAGAGCGAUCUUUCUAUCCUCGCCCACUUCAUUUCGAGAUGGUGGUUAAGGAUUUUUAUAUAUGUACUGUUGAAAUAUAUGAACUUUAUUUCAUCCAUUCUGUGCAAUAUGCUGUGUAGAAAUCUUGUUUUGUCCAAUCAUCACGCUUUAAGGGGGAAUCACGCCAGCUUAUCGUGUCCAGUCACUGCCUGUCAGAUGGUUCAUAUUUACUCUGUACAGAACUUUUUUCAUAAAGGAAAUAAACUCAGCUGGAACUGAACCCUA